UUAGCGGAAAAGGAAAGGGAGGAAUUACACAAGUAAACAGAGCGUUCUGUAGGAGAGGGAUCAAAGGCGGAUUAUCAUGAUAAAGAGGCAUGUAUGAGCUUCCUUUGCGUCGGGAUAGAUCACAUUCGGCUAACAGAUAGGACUUUGGCGAGCAUAAUGAAUCAUUCUCCUGCCACCACCUUCUCUCCACAUUCAAGGUAUCAAGAACUGAAAGUAAGGAAUAAAAAGUCCACCAAAAAAAGCCAUAAAGAGAAGUACAGACUAAAAUGUCUCCGUUUAAGACGUGUAGCCAAAGAUAUGGUGUUUGAAAAUGCUGCUCUUUGUGAUGAAAUAGCACGCACUGAGGACAAAUUUAUCAGAGCGAAGGAGGAAAGAAGGUUUUUAUUAAAAAGGCUGCUACAGUUGCAGGCUUUAAGUGAAGAAGAACCAGGCACAUCACAUAAUUCCAAUGUGUCAGCUGGUUACAGUGUACCAGACAUGGCAGCGAUGAAUGAAGGAAAUCUUGAUAUGUGCUAUUCAAGUGUUCUUGAUGAUGGAGGUUCAUGCAAGAAGGUGAAGAAGGAUAAAAGAGAAAAGGGAAAGGAAAACAAAUCAGAAGCUAUGAAGAAACCUUCCAAGAAAAAAAGAGUCACAGAAGGAACAACUAGAAAGUGGGUUCAACCUAUUGCUUUAGAUCCAUGUGGAAGGCCUGUGUUCCCAAUAGUAUUAGAAGGACUGACGGUUUAUAGCCUUGGUGAGAUUAUUUCAGACCGUGCAGGAUUUCAUGAAAAAGUUGCCAUUUAUCCUGUAGGCUUUUGCAGCACUAGAGUUUACGUUGGCAUGAAGAACCCUGAUCAAAAAUGCCUCUAUACUUGCCAGAUAAAAGAUGGUGGCACAGGACCGCAGUUUGAGAUUGUGCCUGAUGAUGAUCCUCAGAAUUCAAUUGUGGCGAGUUCAGCCGACGAAUGCCAUUCAAUUCUUCUGCAGAAAAUCAGCACCCCUUUAGGGAAAAGGUUUUCUACACCGGAUCUUGCUGGAGCAUAUUUCUUUGGAUUUACUCAUCCUACUAUUCAGAAUUUAAUACAGAGUUGCCCUGGAGCACGGAAAUGUACAGGUUACCAGUGGGUGAAAUUUGAAGUAUGCAGAGCUGGUGAAGAGCAAGUUCCUCGUGACAUAUGUGAAAGCAGUGCCUCCGUUAACUUUGAAGCCUUUCAAAGACAAAGUUUUGCAACAAUAAACAAUAGUACUGCCUUAGCAGGAACUUUGGAUCUUCCAGAAAUACAUGCGUCACAUGAUUAUAUAUCUACUUACCAGGAAAUCUUCUUAUCACAUUCUCAAUUGGCAUCAGGCAUGCAGCAUUUAAAGUCACCUUCCAAUCAGUACAGUCCGUCCAGGUCUUCAGAAUAAGGAGGAAAUACUAAAAUAUAAUUUAUUGCAUUGUAUGUUGACAUUUUUUCACUGGAAAUAACUUGUUCAUGAAAAAGCUGUUUGUUAUAUGACUGUUCCAUUGUGUCAUAAUAAAAUAAUUUUCCCCACUUUUAUACAUUA